UCUAAUGAGGUUGCUUUCUCUCAAUUAAAGGGGGGCGCACGCACGCUCAUUAAUGAGGACGUGUGAGCAGGACGAGGAACUUUGUGGAUGGUGAUUGUGGUCCGUCAUGGAAGAGCUGUAAAUGGAAAAACUGGGACUCAAGGAGUGCAUCUUCAUUCAAUGGUUAAGUUUAACAGGCUUGGACAGCUUUUUAACAAGGAAAAGGCCCUUCGUGAUCAGUGGAUGGACGGCUUUUUCAAGUUUGAAGAUGUCAGGAACCUGGACCAUCACUGGUGUGUUCGACGUAUGCAAGAAUCUUGAGAAAAAUAGACCGCUUGUUUUCCUUGAGAAGCUUUGCCAUGGCAAACCGGCGAGCACAAUCUUUGAUGACCUUCUUUCUUCCCCGCAAAAACUGUUAUCAUAUCUGGUUUCUCACAUGAUGUAGCUUGCGCGCACAAACACAGAUUUCAAUGCGAUCUUCUCAAUUCUUCUCCAGCCAAUUUCUUCUCUGCCUUUUCCAGUGAUUCCAACUUAUCAGGUGCAACUUGGAAGAUUAUGGUUGACUUGUAAAAAUCUGUUCCCACUCACGAUUUCCGACAUUUAUUUUUUUCCCCCCAAUUCAAGAUUCUUUUUUUUUUUGGUUUUAUUUUCGCUUUAUAAUUCUUUUGGGUUUUUUUAAGCAAUUUGACCAAAACAAGGCAUGGUUUCGACAUAUGUAUUAACCUAUGCAAAAGAUCUCGGACCA